UCGGCGAGUGCACGCUCUCAAAGUUUGGACGGGGGGAAGCGAGGCAACAGCGGAGACGGCGGCAGCGUCGCCCCGUCGGGAGACAGACACACGGCAAUCAUCCUCUGAGAAAGGGGGGUGGUGGUGGUGGGGGGGCGCGCCAGGACCGCAGCUCGCCUGGGAGUGUCCGACUCCGGCGAUAAGAACAAAGGGGGAGAUGACUGAGCGGAUUUUCGAUUUAUAAAAGGGAAAAACACAAGAAGGUCAACGUAACGCUGGGCUGGCUGAAAGGAAGUGACUCCCGGCCGCAGACCCCCCCCCCCUCAGCCAUGCCGCUUGUAUUCCGCACGCUGUUGUUCGGCUUUGUAACGCUGCUGGUCGUGGUUUUGAUCGUUGAUGAUAUUGCAGAAGUGGAGGAAGAAACUGCGAAUACUGGACGUUCAAAGAAGAUGAACUUGCCGAGGCUCAUGCCUAAACCACACCGAAAGGCCGCGGCACACGUGGAUCCAACUGCUUUGACAAGAUUGAGCACAGAUCGAAAUCAUCAUCGUCCGAGCAACAAUAACACUGCCAAGCUCUCGUCAAACAACUGGACCUUCAACAAGACCCUCUCAAACCUCAUCAGGAAGAAUAUCCUGAGAUUCCUCGACCCGGAGAGGGACAUCUCGAUUCUGAAGGGCACUCUGAAACCGGGGGAUAUCAUCCACUAUGUUUUUGAUCGCCACAGCACCACAAACAUCUCAGAAAAUCUCUACCGUCUUUUGCCAAAUGUAUCCCCCAUGAAGAACCAACAUCACAGGCGCUGCGCCAUCGUGGGAAACUCUGGGAUCCUGCUGAACAGCAGCUGUGGACCCGAGAUUGACUCUCACGACUUUAUUAUCAGGUGUAACCUGGCACCGGUGGAGGAAUACUCUCAGGAUGUGGGGUGGCGCACCAACCUGGUGACCAUGAACCCCUCAGUGGUGCAGCGGGCCUUCCAGGACCUGGUCAAUGAAGAAUGGAGGGACCGCUUCUUGCAGCGGCUUCAAAGCCUCAACGACAGUGUGCUGUGGAUCCCGGCCUUCAUGGCCAAGGGGGGAGAGGAGCGCGUGGAGUGGGCCCUCCGUCUCAUCCUGCUGCACGCUGUAGAUGUACGCACCGCCUUCCCCUCGCUGCGCCUUCUCCAUGCUGUCAGAGGGUACUGGCUUACCAACAAUGUCCACAUCAAGCGUCCGACCACUGGCCUCCUCAUGUACACGAUGGCCACCCGCUUCUGUGAGGAGAUCCAUCUUUACGGCUUCUGGCCCUUUCCCCUCGACCCACAGGGCAAACCAGUUAAAUACCACUACUACGAUACUCUAAAAUAUGAGUACACCUCCAGCUCUAGUCCUCACACCAUGCCCUUGGAGUUCAGGACCCUGAGCACAUUGCACAGACAGGGGGCGCUGCGGCUCCACACUGGGACCUGCGAUACUGAGAUGAGACCACAGAAGGAGCUCCAGAGCAAAUAGCUGGAUGGAAGAUUGUCAUGGAAACCGUCGUCUUGACUGAGAGGACUUUGUGCAAAGAGAUUUCUUGUUACUGUACUUUUGUGAAACUUGAAUUAACUUAUUUUCAGUAAUUGGAAUGAACUUUUUUUCUAUUUUGAGCUCUUUUAGUGACUCGUGUCACUGGUGUGUUUUACAUUUUAAGGAGAUUUCUAUGGCAACCUUUAAAAUAAUGAGACCUUUUUUGUCUAGCUCUUUUGCUGUUCGUGAAGAUGCUGUCACGCCUGCCUAUUGACCCCUUAUUUAUCUCAAACAGCCAAUUUUAAACUAAGUUCCCCAUAUGGUAAUAGGUUAUGAAUUACACAUAUUUGUGUAUUUCAAUUAGUCACGAGGUGCCAUAAAUUAAUAUUCCUAGUUUAUGAUAGGAUAGGGCUUCAUAAAGAGUGUGUAGUAACAGAAUAUCAGCUGCAUGAAGAGGAGUUGAAUUAAUGGUUUGUGUGAGUCACUGGUUGGGCCACAAGAUGGAAGCACUUAAUACUGAGGGAGAAUGAUGGUAAAAGAAAAAACAAUGUUGGUCAACUCUUCAAUUUUUUCUUUUUAAUAUGAUGAACCCUUUUGAUUAGGCUCUUUUUAAAAGAGCUGAUAUGAUAUUUAACUUGUGAUAACUUUUCCUCUGAUAGAGAACAUUUUACAUGUCUGCUUUUGUAGCUUCUUAUAAAGUACCUUAAAUGAUGCUCACAUUAAAACAGGUAAGUCGUGAGCAAAAAUUCAAGAAGUCCAGUCAAACAGAACCGACGUGUGAUAAUGUUGGGUCACCUUGAGAACCAAACGAACAAAUGGAAGUAUGUUGAAUUGUACUCGGCUUCUGUGAGGAUAAAUAAGGCGUGUACCAGCUGUUCACAGAAGAAUGUUUACACAGACUUAGUAAACUCACUUUGUAAACUUUUCUCAAAGAACACCAGCCCCAUUUCUGCCCUGGAAAUGCUAGUAGUUAGGUCAAACUUAAGUUGUAUGUUGGUAGUAAGAGGAGCUUUGCUUUUUUUUUUUUUUUUUUUAAUGAAUGUAUUGGUGAUAUUCUUACAAAUGCUGUAAGAAAUGAGCCCUGUAAGAAAUGAUUCCUGCUUUAAAUCAAUUCCUAGUCACAGUUAGCGAUGGUUUCAGUGCAAUAACACUGAGAGGACAAAGACAUGAUAAGUUGAAUGCCUUUAUUCAGCUGAGAUGGUGUACGAAUUAUACUUGUAUAGUUUGUUUGGGUUAGUAUCCAACUAAUGAUGCAAUAUUGAUGCAGAUAUUCGUGGAUUUGAUGAAGCUUCCAGUAUUUGUGCCUAUAACAAAAUAAAUCUGACCAUUUAAAAUUUGAUCACUUCAAAUGCUCAGAAAUAAAAAAAACAUCCAGGAUUUAUCCAAGUUACAUGAUUGUCUUAAUAGUGUUACUCAGUUCUGAAACCCAGAUAUGAAUAGACACUAAAAAAAAAAACUUUGCAUUUUAUUGCAGGUCUGCAGACUUGUUUUUAUGUAGUUGUGGCCAAGGAAGAAGCUCCAAUACAAGGCCAAUAGUAUCAAACUAAUACAUCAGAUUAAUGCUAGUUUGGAUUAUAUUUUUUUCUCUUUCAAGCUCCACCUCAGUUAAAGUCUCUAAAUUGAGUUGUUGAGUUUUUAGGGUUGUUUUCAGGAGAUGUCUUGACACUUGGCCUUUUGCCAAACUCGGCGUAUUUUUCUGCGGCAAAAUGCCUCUGUUAAUAGAAAUUAACAGACGUAUACGAAACAUUUAAAGAGCUCUGCAGCUAAACAAAUAGCCUCUCAUGUGCUCCCAGCCAUGUGAUUUGUCCAUAAGAAGUGUUGCUUACACAGGAUGCGCCUGUUGACUUGCAUGUUGGCCUUAUUACGUUGCCAAUUACGUUAAGAAUAGACAUGAAAAUUGCACCAGAGACGUCAGCAGUUUGAGGCAAUGAAAGGUUUAUU